UACAGACUUGGGCAUGAUUCCUAGGGGUGGGUGAUACUGCAAAUUUUAGUAUCGAACCGAUACCAAGCAAAUACAAUAUUGCCAGUGCUGUACUGCAUUGCCAAUGCUAUCCUGAUACUGGUACUUUUCAUGUGAAAUUUUCCAAGAUCAUUGAAUCAUUCUGUGCUCCAUUUUUGCAUCGUGAAGAUCAGCGAUGGGAUGCAUGAGGUACCUAAUUAACGACAUGUUCACUGUGUAACACAUUCACGUGCAAGCGAAUCACGUGAACACGUAAAGUGGAAAAGGGAGGAAACAAGAAGCGAGAGACAGGGAGAGGAGGUUGGUACGAGAAUUUAAAUUGCUUAAUAAGAGUCACUGCUUGUCCAUUAUAGACAAACCCGUGUUUUUGUAGUCCAACCAAGUUUUCUCCCAUUGACUGUUCUUCCAUCAUUCCAACGGGCUUGACCUACAAGGAAUUUUGACAUUGAGUGUUCUACAUUUUAACAGGAUGACUCUUCUCGACUACCCUGUUCCGGAGCUGGACGCGACCUUGCAGGAAGUGUGCCGCGUCCUCCAGCUCACUCUGAGCCCUGAUCUUUACGCCGAGUUCAAAAGCACACUGGAGAAGCAGAGGGCGCUUCUUUUAGAGGCUCAGCAGAAAUUAGCAUCCAGAGCUUCAGGCCAAGAGAAUUGGGUGACCGAGCAGUUCAAGCGAUGCCUGCUGUCUUGCGCUGACCCCCUGCCAACCUCCACCGCCCUCCCGGUUGUUCUUCUUCCAUCCAAAACAAAGGGAUGCACCCAGUUAGCGAGGGCAGCCGCUCUGCUUUGGGCAGCAGCACAGUUGUACAGUGAGCCAAUGAUGCUGGAGGGUGACGUGCCCAUGGAGAAAACCCAGCAAUCUGAGCUUUUUGCUGCCACACGAAUUCCUGGCAAGAGUGGAGAUGAAAUUAAGGUCUACCCUGAUAGCAUCCAUGCCAUCAUUGCUUGCGUUGGAGGAGUGUUCCCAGUUGACAUACUGCAGCGCUCCACCACUGGUGGACCAUUAUCUGCUCGGUCCGUCUCGGACAUCUACAACGAGCUGGCUAAAGUAGCGGAGCAGCCCAGCACAGGAAAGAAGAACGAUCCCUCGACCAUUUGUAGCCUGUCUGCUUUGGAACGCAAGUCCUGGGCUGCGAUUAGGGAAGAGAUCAUGGGGAAAGGAGGAGCUGCGGCAGCGUCACUGGAGCUUAUGGAGAGCGCCGUGCUGACAUUAAGUCUGGAGGACUGCAGUGCGCCUUCUGAAUUGGCUGACAUCCUCAUUGCAGUGAGGUUGGGGGGAGAAGGGGACGGUCGCUGCUUGAGAUACUAUGAUAAGGUGCUGAAUCUGGUGGUGUUCAAGGACUGCACAGCGGGACUCGUUUUUGAGCACUGCGCUGUGGACGGGAUGGUGGCUGGCCUUGUAACCAGCCGUGUGUACCAACUGUCUGAAUCAGCUGACUUAAACCUGGUCCAUACUGACACACAUCACGUGAAAGGAUCUGUUCACCCAGCUCCCCUUUCGUUUUCCUUGCCAGGGCUGAGCAACACCAAGCCCCACCCUGAUUUAAAAUCCAAAAACCCAGUUGUCACUUUUGAUGUGUCAUCUUAUCCAGAUGUGUUCUCAACUCUCAAAAGCCAACGAGGCCUCUAUGAUGCUUGGAUCAACUUCUCUUUACAACUUUCCCUGAAGCAGACCCUUGGGGAAUCCGCUGUCACUCACAUGCUCGUCACUCCUACCCAUAUGCGGCACUACAAGCAUGGUCGUUGCGACCCCACUUACUCAGCCACCAUGCAGUCUCGUAAGCUCGUGGGUGUCUUGGCAGCUAGCAUUCGCCCAGACAACACCAUCCAAUACACACAUAGCCUCCUAAAUUUAUUCCAUGUUGCCUUUUUGGAGCACAAGGCUCUCAUCAAAAACACCAAAACUGGACAUGGUGUAGGUCCCCACUUAGCUGCCCUUCGUCGAGCUUUACCGCAGGACAAUCCCUUGAAAAAGUUUCUGGACCCCUUUGGAUGUCCGUCUGUGUACCUCACUGGUACUGACUGGAUGGAGGGAGUGGAGUGUGGUGUUGGUAACGUUUAUGCCCAAGAUCAGCUAGCAGUAACCUACCUUGGAAAAAGGGACAAGGUUCGGGUUGUACUUAGUGGGAAAGGGAGCUUUGCUCUGGCACUGGACAAGCUGCAGGAAAAACUCAAGGAGAACUUGAAGUCAGUGAUGCUUUUAGCGCUUAGAUAUGCAAUCGCAUGUCAAAUGGGAGCUCUGGAGUGUCUCCUCAAACAGAACCAAACAAAGACAGUAAAUUGCGACGUAAAUCGCUGUCCAAAGAGCGCGGGAGACAACAGGACGCCUGCCGACUCCACCUCAGACGAGAGUCACGACUAUACGUUGGUGAUACAUGGCGGUGCUGGAGAGGGGAUGAUGCUGAACACACAAGUGAUACAUGUCAUUGAGUUUGCUCUGCAAACAGCUUUAAUCCUUGGAUCCCAAGUGCUUCAGGAAGCUGGACAAAGCCUGGACGCAGUUCAGAGGUCAGUAGAAGCUCUGGAAGACUGCUUUCUCUUUAAUGCAGGUAAAGGCUCUGUAUUCAACAGAGAAGGCAAAAACGAAAUGGAGGCAACCAUCAUAGAUGGCAAGCAAAUGAGGUCUGGAGCUGUUGCUUGUGUGCAAACUGUAAAGAACCCAGUAAAAGCAGCAAGAUGCGUCAUGGAAAAAAGCUCACAUUCCCUCAUUGUGGGAGAGGGCGCUGAGGAGUUCCUGCAAGGCUUGGAGGAGAAGGCGCAACCUGUCACUCCUGACUAUUUCUACACAGAUAUCCGUAACAGAGAGCUAGCUGCGAAGCUCUGUGAUGCAAAUCCUUCAAAAAACAAUCAUCCUCAGACAGUUGGAGCUGUGGCAUUAGAUUGUUGGCAUGGAUUGGCUGCUGCAUCGUCAACAGGUGGGUUAGUGGGGAAGCUGAAGGGGCGAGUUGGUGAUACAGCAGUAGUUGGGGCAGGGAUAUAUGCCGAUAAGACAUUAGCUAUUUCCUGUUCUGGAGAUGGAGAUGUGUUUCUGAGGCAUACAGUUGCACAGAAAAUCGCCAGCCUCUACCAUCACAAAGGCUACAGCCUGAGGCAGGCAUGUAGAGAGGUGAUGACAGAAAACCUAAAAGAUGUCUGUGCAGGAGUCAUUGCUGUGGACACCAAAGGGGAUGCUGUUAUUGAAACAAACGCUGCUGUGAUGUUUGUGGCCUCGAUCAUAGGAGGGAUAUCAAGAGUUGAGGUGCUUCGGCCCCUAAAGAAUGUCUCUGACGUGAUUUGGGAAACAGAUGAGUUGGUGGCACACCUCAAUCCCAACCCUUGGACCCCUGGGUCGACUAUUUUGACUCGAAAGACGCUCAGCGGGGCACAUAACAUCUUCCAUUUGGCUGAACCUGAUUUUGUGGCUCUGCUAAAUGGUGCAAAAUCUGUAUCCGAUGUUCUAUGUGGGCAACUGGGAGUGCAGCGUUGUGCUUUGGUUUUCUAUCCCAACCUCAGUCAGGCAGCACAAAUCAGACUGCUCCCUCUUCAUGGCAUAGUGCCGAAGUGGCAGCCUCAUCUUGCCACUCAAGAGGAAUUUCACUCUUACGACCCUGGAUACUGUUCAUCUAAAAGUGGUCCUCGUUGGGAUGAUGAAGCACUAGCCAAAGUUCAAGCCCAGAUCAGGAAAGGACUACCAACAACGAAUGCACCCUGUAACUUUGAAUUUUUGGGCGAUCUCUCUAACAAGAACCUUUUCAGUCGGAUUGUAAAAGGCGAGGAAAAACAGUGGAGAGUAUGGGAAGACAGUCAACAUGUUGCCUUCCUAACACCAUACCCAAACACUCCCGGGAUUACUGUUGUGGUGCCACGCAAACCACUGCCCAGUGACAUCUUGAAGCUGGAGGAAGCUGACUAUAGAGGGCUGAUCUUGGCCACCUAUAAAGUCGCCCAACUGCUGGAGGAGGGAAUGGGAGCUCAAGGUGUUGCACUGAUCUUUGAGGGCUUCGAGAUCGACUACGCUCACGCCAAGCUGAUUCCUCUGUUACCUUCCCCUGAAGGCCCAACGCUUGCUAGACUACAAGCAGAAUUCUUCCCAAAGUACCCUGGCUAUGUGUCAUCCCUUGAUGGUCCAGCUGCUGACCCAGGUGACCUCAAAAGGCUCUACUCCAAAGUCACUCAGUGCCGAGCUCCACAAUCCUGGGAAGACCCUCAGUUGCACUCCACGCUUGCAAUCACCAGCCAGUGGUAUCGCAAUCUAUUCCAGAUACAGAACACUCUUUUCCACAGCACGGUGGAAUAUUUUAGCAAUUCCUGCCACUACUCCUAUGCUCUGACGCCUCUCACUACAGACACGAUCUCCUCCCCGAUGGGCCUCGGGUCUGACUCAGAACCUGUUUCCGUUCACCUCUUGGGUCAAGACAUCUAUCUGGCUGACUCCAUGCAAUUUGUGCUUGAAUACUUCCUCCGCUUCCAGGAGAACCUGCAGGGUACCUACUACAUCUCUCCCAGCUUUAGAGGAGAAGAUCCCGAUUCCACACACUUGAACCAAUUCUACCAUGUGGAGUGUGAGCUGUUAGGAGACAUGGACCGUGCCAUUUCCAUCGCAGAGGGAUAUUUGGCUCAUCUGACUAGGUCAAUGCUCAAGAGACACUCUGAGAUAAUCCUCCACACUGCAGGGACCCUCACACAUGUCACAUCCAUGCUAAGUAAGUUGGAAGGAGAAACCCCGCUACCACGUGUUUCUCUUGACCAGGCCAUUCCAAUGAUGCCUUCUGCUGAUUGCUUGGAGUGGGUACAAGACGGUCAGCCCCAGCUUGGCAGGAAGCUUACGCGAAAAGGAGAGCGGGUGUUGAUAGAAAAAUAUGGCGGCGCUGUUUGGCUGACAGAGAUGGACCAUCUAGCGGUUCCCUUCUACCAGGCUUACGUGGAGGGCAGUGGGCGGUGCAAAGCCAAGGCCGCAGACCUUCUGCUGGGCUUGGGCGAGACCGUGGGUCUCGGUGAGCGUCAUUCCACCCCUGCAUUGGUGCAGGAGGCCCUCAGGCACCAUGGAGUGCCGCAGCAGUCCUACAAAUGGUACACUGACAUGCGGCAGGUGAAGCCACUCCUUACCAGUGGGUGGGGGAUGGGCACAGAGCGAUACCUGUGUUGGCUGCUUCAGCAUGAUGACAUCAGAGAUAUACAGAUUAUUCCAAGAAUCAAAGGAAUGAAGUACAUGCCCUGAUUUUCAGUACUUACACCUGACUAAAGACAAAUACACUGCCCUGCGCUGUGAUUGUAUAAUCUUAUUUAUUUCCAAACAUGUCUUUCUGUUUCAAUGGCAACAACAUCACCUUAUUCUUCUAAAUAUGUGCAACAUACCCACAUGCAACCCCCAUCAUCAGUUCAUUGAAUGGUUUAAUUGGUUAUUAUUUAAUAUUUAAUCACAGCAUAAAUUGUAUCAAUAAAAUAUCAUUUUUGGACGCUGAUGUAACUACUGCAUUUUUUAAAAUUAAUCUUGUCCUAUUUGUUUCUUACUAACAUUUAACGUGUAGGUGUAGUGUUUUAAUAUUGUUUCCAGUAAAUAACAAUUUCAUUAUUAUUUUUUUAACCAAUGAAAGCUGUUCUCUGAUCAUGGUAGCAUCGUUUUGUAUAAUUGUGGAUACAACUUGGACGGCAGCCAUUUUGACUGAAUAAAUACUGUACGGUACAUACAAAAUAAAAAACUUGUUUCUCCCAGGUCCAUUUUGUGAGUUCUAUGCUGUUUUUGUAUACAUGACCCACAUAUGCAAUUAGUUGAUAUGCUCUCGGAGUAUUUAAUAAAUCAAAACUAUACCUAAAUAACAAAUUAUACGUGAGAACGCUAUUAUCGUAUUAUAUUUAUGACCUACGUUCU